AUGGAGGGAGAAGGAAAGCAGAAUGAAGAGUUGCAGACUGCAGGCGACCCGAGACCCUCGCGUUCGCAUGCAUCGAGUAGUCGCGCGCGACCUGAAGGCAAUCCACCACAGGCCCCUCGCGUCGUCAUCGCGCUCACGGUGACACUUGUCGUCCACCCAGAUCCCAAGCCCCCGUGUGGACUGCUGGACCAUUCGCAGCACCCCAUGCCUCGAUCUGCACCCCACAAACCCCGUCCAUUCCAUUUCGAUUUCAUUCAAUUCGUUGCACGUCCAGCACAGUCCGCGCCCUCGUCACUCCGACUUGGUGCGCCUGCGUCUCUCGGGUCUACGUCUAUGACUACACCUACUGAUCGUUCCCCACCCUCGCCGCCGAGGCGUAUCUCAGAUCCCAGAUUGCGCGCUUCGACGCUGGACUCCGUGGCCCCGUAUGUCCGCCACCAGCGCACCACCCGGCUGGCCGAGAAAGAGGUCGUGGAAGGAGUUUUUCCCCCUGCAUUGAGAGCGAUUCCAUAUACCGGAAAGCUACCUCACCCACAUAUGCCUACACAUCUUGCCACAACUUUGUCGUCAGGAUCGAGGAAAGAGAUCAUCGACCGGGUGUGGAAGGCCUUCCUUCCAAGGAGUGUCGACAGCGAGACGUAUGGUCCCUUCUUCAAGAAUUCCACUGGAUUGAAGAGCACCGCAUGGAACCUUGAGAUAUAUGAUAUCCCGAAUACGACACUCCCGUCGACGCGAACGAUUCCUUUUGCCGUCCGCGAUGAGCCACGAUCGCCUAUCACUGCGAGUAUGAGACUGCGAUGGACAGUGUCACCUGCGUCUGCGACUUGGGGGACCCAGGGCGGCUGCUUCCCUCUUCGCGAUAGUGCAUGCUUACCGAACAAUCAGCCGACAGGCGCUGCCACCCAGUCUCCCUUGUCUCACAACCACCAACGCCUGCGACCUCCACCCCGCCAAUGCAUGCGUACCAACGCCGGGCAAUCUCAAGAUCUCAUCCCUGGUGUGCACGGCUCCCCGCCAACUCAGGGCACGACUCAUCCAGCUGGCAUGACACCAUCUCUCACGCGCACCCUUGGCUUUACGACGGCGACGAUAAGAAGCGCAGCAUAA